AGUAUUAAUUAAUCUGAACGCGACUUAUUGGAUGGAAUCCAUUUUCCUUGGUGUUGUUGUGACAUUUUGCUUUGCUCUUGUCCUUAAAAAAGCGAAAUACUAGUGAAUAAAAUUGUAUUCAUCCUAAGAAAAUCAGGGAUAUAAAUGUGUUAUGAUUCAUCUUAAAACUACAAAUACAUCCUAGGAGAGAACUGUGUAACAUUAUAUACGUAUUCACGAUGGGUUGAAAUUGUGACUGUUGUCGGCAUAAAUACAUUAUUUUAAUUUCAAAACUGCUCACACUCUUAGAAAUAAGAAUAUUUAACGCAUACUGUCACGAUGGAGCUCGAUGUAUCUCCUGCAAAUGUAGAGGAGAACGAUAUGGAAUUCUCUGACAAUUCGUCAGAGAGUAAAUACUUAUCCUGUAAUAUCAGUGAGCAAUAUUCCGUCGUACGCAUUCCAGAAGAUGGUGAGCCACCAGAACCAAAAUCGAGCAAACACUCAUCGCGGAAACAGUCAAAACGAAGAAAAAAGAGUUCAAAUCAUUCAAGGCCUCUACCAAGGAUUAUAGUGAAGCCUUUACCACCUCCUCCACCACCAGAGGCCAGGGAAUGGACAGCAGCUACGACUUACACGGAGACAAAUACUAGUUCUAGUAAAUUAUCUACUAUGCGCGAGGUACUUGCCAGUAUACCAGGAUUUUGUCUCAAGCCUCGCAAACGAAGUGGAAAGAAAUUAUCCACUGCUGCACAGUUGCAACAAACUAGAGAAGGCUGCAUAGAUUUAGAGACCCCUGAUUCAAUAUUAGUUAACACUAACAUUAGAGCACUACUUAACAAACAUACAUUCUCAUUACUUCCGCCUCUGUACCAGUACAAGCUUGGACAGCUGCUUCCAAGUGUGGAUCGCCCGAGUCCUUCUGGUCGCCUAAGUUCUUCUAGUCUAAAUAACGAAUUUUUUGCCCGAGCCUGUCUAGAGUGGCAGGAGAGUCUCUCGGGUGGUGAAUUUACUCCAGAAAAUCAGCAGAAAAUAAAGUCAGAAGUAGAAAAAGAAAAAAGCAAAAUUGACCCAUGGAAGUUAAAACAUUUUGAACCAUUUUGGGGAGAAAAAUUUAGAAGAGAGAAAUCUUCCCUGAGUUUAAAUUCAGAAAGGCCUUCAUUAAAGACAACUAUUAAAUUGAGACCCACAGCAUCCAUUACAAGUACUAGUACUGUUCCAAAGAUUAAGAAAAGUAAAUCAUCCAGUAAUAGUAAACGAUUAAGGAAUGUGGGGGCAGUCACCCGGUCAUCUGCCAAAGCAGACGAAGUGGUGGAAGAACCUGCCAAUGCAAAGUCAUCAGCACCAGUCCCAGAUUUACUCCCUUUAAAACAUGCCAAGUCUCAAAGAGGCUAUGUGGAAUGUCAAGUUGACUUUAAUUUUUCUGACUCCUCAUCAGCGCCUAGGUUGGAUGACUCUGUUCCUUCCACACCUGUGGAUCCUCUGUUGCUACCAGAUGCAGAAGCAGAAAAAAGUGAAGUUAAGCAAGAGUUGGACCCCAAUAUUGAAACAGUUGAAGACUCAAGUGCAUCUAAAGAAAAUGAAACAAAUAAAACAGAUACAGAAGCUUUCUUUUCUGAAACUGCUAAGAGACUGAGUGAUGACAAUGACAAUGAAAACUGUAGUAUACCAAAAAGAAUCAGGUAUGAUGAUGAAGAAGUAUUUAACUAUUUGGGUUUUUUAACACAAAAUGUUGAAGAGUCAAGGAGCAAUAACUGUUCUGAUGGUGAAACAAAUGAUCCCAAUGAUCAGAUUUGUCCAAGUGAUGAACAGACAUAUCCGGAACAAGACCAGGUGGACACAAACAGUGAAGACAGCAAGGCAACUGCUUCAGGCUAUGAAUAUGAUGAAAGAAGUGUAUCUUCAUUAUCAAGUUUGAAAAUUGACAACAAUGUUAGUAACAUUGGAACAAGUGAAGAAGUAAAUGACACUAAUGAUACUCUACAAUGUGAGAAUUCAGUCACAGAAAUGGUGGAGAGCCCUUGUAAUGUUAAGGAAGAAACUAAAGACUCCCCAGCUCCUGUUUCACCUCAAGCAUUCAUACCUGAACAGUUUUCUAGAGAAGAUAAAAAUGUUUCUAGUUUUGACAUGUCUUCACCACAAGACACUGCAACUGAAGAUGUGAAGAUAGAAUCAUAUCACAAUCCUGACCAAGAAAUAAACAGUCAAAAUGUUCCAGUUCAUGAACAACCUAAUGAAAAAGAGAAUGAGGAUAGUUGUGAUAAAUUUGAAAAAAUAAGAUCAACUGAAAAUAUUGUACAUAAUUACUAUGAUGAACAUUUUAAAGAUGCGGAGUCCUUUAUAUUGGAGACCGGAGGGCUCUCAAUCCUGACUUCUCAAUGUGAAGAUGUAAAAUAUGCAUCACAUCCCAAUUUAAUGGAGUUAUCAUCUUACAUGAGUGAGACAAAUGUUACUGCUGUUGUGACAAUGCCUAUGCCUCAAAAUUCAUCAAUCCCUAUUAUGGAAGUAACCAACACAUCUAUGGUAUCAUAUCCCGAUGACAGCAUGCAGGACCCAGCCAAACCAAAAACUUCAGCAGUAUCAUGGAAAACAGAGAACAAUUUAACAAAUGAUGUUAUUGCCUUACACAAUUUCUCAAACGCAAACAUAGAAAAUUCAAAAUAUCUCUGUGAAGAUUCGAAAACAAGCAUGGAGGAUACGAAUAUGAAUGAAGACAAUUGUAUGUAUAAAGAAGAUAGGGAUGCAAAUUUUAACAUGGAGUCAUCAAAUUCAUCAGAAAGCUGUCAGUCAAUGAAAGAUGCUUCAGUUAAGACAGACAGUGAACCUGCAACUAGUCUAGUUUCUAGUACAACUGCUGCAAACCCACCUGUGAGCUCAACUACUAUGACUAACAUUGUGAGGCCAUCGGGGAAGAAGUCAAAAUCGGGAAAGGAAUCAAACAGAAGCCGCAGCUCCAACAAAGUGCCCCCCGGCGCCGUGAACCUGGAGCGCAGCUACCAGAUCUGCCAGGCCGUGAUCCAGAACAGCCCCAACCGCGACGCGCUGCGCGGCCAGCUGCGCCCGCCGCCCGCGCUGCUCACGCGCGCCCCCGCGCCGCCCGCCCGCCCCCGCCCCCGCCGCCGCCCCCACCCCCGCCGCCCGUCCUGCUCCGGCAGCUGCCCGUCUCUGUCGUGCCGCACAAUGAGAUGAAUGAUAACAGAGCCAACAACAUGGGACAAUACAUUCUCGUCCAGCGGACUCCUAACGUCGCACCAAGGGCAUCUAGUGCUCCGCCUGCAAAUCAAAAUACUAAUGUGAGCGUGACGCGGUGCCGCAGCGUGGGCG